UUUCACUAGGUUUCCACAUGGUUCUAAAGCAGAGACAGUGGUUGUCUAGAAUGUGGGUGUCUAGAGGCUUUCAGAAACCACAGUUUUGCAAACCAAAAUUUCAUAAAGAAACUUGUGAAUAGGCACACCCAGUUAAAUGUACUUACCGAACAGGGAUUUUCUCAGCAACUUUAAAAUAUGUAUGUAAGAAUAUACUUCCUAGCAAUUCUGUUACUUUAAUGUCACAUUACAACAAGAUCUGGGUGACGUUCUAUGUCAUAAGACUUAAUUUACAGUUGCCUACUUUGGUGGAUGUACUCUAUCAUUUAUUCACAAGCUGUUGGGUUUUUUCUAUAAAGGUGGAAACUCAGAAGAAUGAAGGACCCAGACAGACAAGAGUGCAAAGGGAUGCGGUGGUUGCCAUGGCAAUGCAGCACAGUGCACACUCAGCUGUGACCUUUGCUCCCUGUCUCCCCCAUUCCCUCCCCCCGAUGACCUCUGUUGCGACCCAAGAUGGCCGCCCAGAGGAAGUACUUGGUCCGAGACUUUAACCGCUACAUCACGUGCUACCUGUGUCGAGGCUACUUGAUCAAGCCCACCACGGUCACGGAAUGCCUGCACACCUUCUGUAAGAGCUGCAUUGUCCAGCACUUUGAGGAGAGUAAUGAAUGCCCCCAGUGUGGCAUUCAAGUGCAUGAGACCAACCCUUUAGAGAUGCUAAGGUUGGAUAAAACACUUGAGGAAAUCAUUUUCAAACUUGUGCCUGACCUGCGAGAGAAGGAGGAACAGCGGGAGCUUGAAUUCUGGAGGAAAACAAAAUCAAAAGGAAACGGUGAAGAUGGUCCUAUACCUAAGAAAGCACGGCUGGGUGAUGACCGCGAGGAAGAUGAUGAUGGAAAAGGUGGAGACUACCACAGGAGUGACCCUCAGAUGGCCAUUUGUCUGGACUGCUUGCGGAACAACGGCCUGUCAGGAGAAAGCACAGUAAAGGGCUUAAUUAAGAAAUUCAUCCGCUGUUCCACUCGGGUUACCGUGGGAACCAUUAAGAAGUUUCUCUGUCUGAAACUGAAGUUACCAAGUUCUUAUGAGCUGGAUGUUCUUUGUAACGGGGAGAUAAUGGGCAAAGACCACACCCUGGAGUUCAUCUACCGCACACGCUGGAGACUACAAGAAGAAAGCGCAUAUCCCAUGGUUCUGGAGUAUCGUCCACGAAUUGACUUUGGCUAAGGGGACUGUGUCCUACCUAAUAGCACUGAUGGAGAAGGAGAAGGACUCCCAAGCGGACACAAAGACAGUUCACACUGAUAACUUCAUGUCUCCCAAACUAUUCCCUUCUAAUUUCCCUUCACAAGAGCUGGUCUGGUAGACACUCACACAUGACACUUGAGCAGUAAAACUAGAGCAUUGGUUUUACUUACUCGACUGGUUAACCUAGGGCACUGAUAGAGUUCCUCACGAAACUCAUGAUGGUUACGGCACAUCAGCCCAUGUUGCCAUGACAACCUGCUGUUUUUUUUUUUUUUAAAGUAAAGGAUGAAAAAGUGUGUGUGAGGCAGUUUUGAUUCUCAUGCCGCCCUGCACUUUCCUGGACAGAAGACAGAAGACAGAAGACAGAAGACAGACAACGUGGCAUUAAAGUCCAAGCUGGGAGUCCAGAGUGUGGUGAACCAACACUCCCAAUCACUCACUGCUGGCCUGUGGUGAUGAAGAUGAAACUCUGCUCAUCAAAGUCCCAUUCACUCUGGACUGAUUGCACCAGAGGAGAAAGUUUAUGCUGCCACACUCUUUUUUACAAUUCCUCUCCUUCAGUCAUUCAAAUUAGCUUCUUCAUUUUCACGCCAUUUCUUCACAUACUUCUCUCUCUCUCUUUCUCUCCCUCUCUCUCUCUUUCUCUCCCUCCCUCCCUCUCUCUCUCUCUCUCUCUCCCUCCCUCUCUCUCUCUCUCUUAGGCGCUUUUGUGUGUCUCUUGCAUCUGUAAUGGUGUUUUUGGCAGUGCUGUGUGGUACUGAUGGAUGUUUGUCUGACAGAUGAGAGGGGUGAAACUGAUAGUUUCUAUUCACCGCUGAUGGCAAGAGGAAGCAAAUAUACCUUUUGCAAAUUGCAUUGGAUGGCACCUGCUUCGCAAAAGGUUUUUCCAUCAUCGGCAGAGAGCAGUAUUUUUAUAGGAAGACAUUCACUGGAAUUCUGGGAAUACUAAUCUACAUAUUCCAUUUUAUGUUUCAUGGCAUCUAGUUUCCAGAUUCCUUUGAUUGAUUCGAGUCGAUUCAGUCCUUAGUCCAAGAAAGAAUUUUUUAUUUUCUUACAGUUUGAUAUCACUUAUCAGAUCAAUGCGAUUUUUUAUUAUGAUCUCUAUCUCAAUUUAGAUUCAAGAGGCACUGAAUCCAUUUAACGAGGCAUUGAUACCAUUUUAUUCCUUGUUGUCUGUGUAUUGUUCCUAGGAAUGUCUCCCUUAGGCAUUCAUUUGGACAUAGGAAUAUUUUAUUUUUACAUAAUACAACCUUCAUAGAACAUUUUACUCAUUAUAUCCUACAUUAUUUGGAACCUAUGGGACUGCAUAGGCUCUGAAUUGCACUGGUACGUGUACACAUAUACUGAAUGUAUCAGAAACUGAUGUAGUUUUGUAAAAUACACUACACUGAAGUAUGAAAGGGUAUCGGUGAGUACACACGAUUGGGCUGUACUGCAAUAGGCAGAAAUUGUUUGGUAGACAGAUAUAGAGUUGUUCUGUCUACUGAAGAGGGUCCAGUUGCCAUUAGAUGUGCCUAAUCAAUGAUGGUUUGAUUUUACAUAGAGAAGGAAGAAUGAUGACGAUUAAAUAGAGAAUGAUGACGAUUGCAUUGAUUAUGUAAUAAUACAUUUAUGACAUAUCAGCUUACAGCACAUUCUCUGUAAGCUAUUUGAAAGGCAACAUUUUUUUUUUCGUAUAACUUUUCCACACAAAGACUUUUGGUUGGCAUAGAGGAUUCUUCUGGGCUGAAAAGGGCUCUUCACUGCUAAAAUGAUGAUAAAUACUGACAGCUAAGGAACCUCCUGUAAACUUCACAUAUAACUUUACAUGAGAGAGUUAAAGGUAUCUGGAAUCUGUGAUUCUGGUGAAAGGUUGUUGAUAUUUGAGCUAAACAGACAAUCAAAUGCCCCCCCCCCCUUUCGUGCAGCACCGUCUUGAUUGGCUUUAUUGGUUGUUAAUGGCUCAUUCUGAGCCACUACCCUUUGAUUUCCAUUUAGAAAGUCAGGACUGUGUACGAACACCAGAGUUUUUUGGAACACACACACUGAACAGACAUGUCGAGGACUGUGAGGAGCGAUUCACUGAAUUUGACAAAAAGUGUAUUUAAUAAUAAUUGUGCACUGCACCUUUAAUGUAGAAUCUUGAAGGGUUGUAAGGAGAAUAGCACUUCCUGUGAUAGUGAGGGUCUCAUUGUUAUAAAAGCCCAGCCUCAAGGGUCUGACUUGCACUGCUUCAACCCGCUUAGAGGACUGCAGUUGAAACGUACAGAGAGAACCUACAUCAGGGGUUUCCCAGCCUCACCCUUAGAAGGAUGGUGUGUCGUCAGGUUGAGGCCCAGCCAAUCACGAGCACACCUGUCAUGGCUAAUCAAACAUGGACGCUGGGCUCACAUGUGAAUGGGUGAGCUUAGAGAGGUGUGGUCCGCCCGGCUGGAAUAAAAACACAGCCAUGCUGUCUCUCUGAGGGUAUCACUGGCACGGCCCGACACACUUGAAUGCAGGCAUGAGUGGGUCAAGCAGGUUUAUAGUGAGUUGUCAAGCUGAGGAUAUCACAAGCCCAGGAUAGGGAUCAUAUGUUACUUAUUUUGCAGUUCACGCUCUCUCUCUCUCUGAAAGUGGCUUUACAAACAAAUGGUCCAGAACUAAGAGAGGACAAUGCAAAUACAGGAUGGUACAAUGAUUGUUGUGCAGUCACUCAAACAGUCUAGACUGAACUAACAUCACUAUACACUAUACCCUGAUCAUAUAUACUUCAUACUGCUGUUUCAUUUACAGGACAUACGGUCUUCUUGAUAGAUUAGAGUGAUACUCAGUGAAAGUGUGUUUAACUGCUUGCCACUUUGUCCUUGACAGCCUUUGAGUAGGUCAACUGUUAUUCUUCAGAGCUCACUUCUCUGGUGAAAAACCAUGUAGAGUUAAAGAGACUUUUUGUCCUUGCGUCCUUCCAAAUCACAAAUAUGUAUUUUUGUACGGUCACCCAUGGGAUUGUAUGUUUCUGUGUGUACAAACCUACAAAUGUAUGUGAACUUAAUAAUCACAAUUGUAUGUUGUAUGUUUUUCAACUCAAAGAUGCUGCUUAGAAUACAGUAAUUUAUUAUUCUAUUUUUAAAUGUACUUUACCUAUGACUUGGAGAUAGCAUAUGUCCAUUCCGUCUUUAGAGAUGUAUAUAUGAUAUGGGUUCUUUCUGUGUGUGACCCAGGCCAUCACUCUGUUAUGAUUAUUAAAAAGAGAAGCGUCGGCAAAGGACUUUUUCUUCA